CCUUUCUCUAUCCCUCUCUUCUCGCGUUCUCCCAGUUUCAGUUUCAGCCGAAGAAGCAGCAGCCAUGGGUGGAGUAGGAAGAGGUGGCGGACAAAAGAGAGGAAGAACACAGAGGAAACACUUUAAACAGACCAGAGAAAACGUUUGGAAGAAAACUAGAUCUGAUUCUACUAACAACAAUGAUAAUAACAAUGGUGAAAAUCACCAACCAGGGUGGGAACCUUUUGCUAAUCAGAACUUAGCUUUUGAAGCUUAUUAUAAAGAACAAGGUAUAGUGAAGGAGGAGGAAUGGAAGGUUUUUAUGGAUGUUCUUCAUAAACCAUUACCAGCUGCUUUUAGAAUCAAUUCUAGUGGACAAUUUUAUGAAGAUAUUCGUUCGCAGUUAGAGAAUGACUUUAUGAAAACUCUUGAAUUCGAGGUGGCUGAUGGUGAUGAAGGGAUACCUGUCAGACCAUUACCUUGGUAUCCUAAUAAUAUGGCCUGGCAUUCAAAUUUUUCAAGAAUGCAGCUACGCAAGAAUCAAUCUCUCGAGAGGUUCCAUCAUUUCUUGAAGCAAGCAAAUGAUAUUGGAAACAUAACACGACAAGAAGCUGUUAGCAUGGUACCCCCACUAUUCCUGGAUGUAUGCCCUGAACAUUUCGUACUUGAUAUGUGUGCAGCUCCUGGCUCCAAAACGUUCCAAUUACUUGAGAUAAUACAUCAAUCAUCCGACUCAGCACUGCCUACUGGACUGGUUAUUGCUAAUGAUGUGGACGCCCAAAGGUGUAACCUUCUUAUCCACCAGACCAAAAGAAUGUGUUGUGCCAACUUGAUAGUUACCAACCAUGAGGCUCAGCACUUUCCAAGCUGCAAUUUGAGCAAAAAUGGCUUAGACACAUCUGAAUUUGGAAAUCCAGAUAUUAGUCAACUCCUGUUUGAUCGAGUCUUAUGUGAUGUUCCAUGCAGUGGAGAUGGAACUCUUCGCAAGGCUCCUGACAUUUGGAGGAAGUGGAGUGGAGGUAUGGGCAACGGAGUGCAUCGCCUUCAAGUGCAGAUCGCAAUGCGUGGUAUUGCUUUGCUUAAAGUGGGUGGAAGAAUGGUAUACUCAACCUGUUCGAUGAAUCCCGUUGAGAAUGAAGCUGUGGUUGCUGAGAUUCUGAGGAGAUGUUGGGGAUCUGUUGAACUUCUUGACGUUUCUACCGAGCUCCCUCAAUUGGUCCGUCGCCCGGGAAUUAAGAGUUGGAAGGUCCGUGAUAAGGGUGUAUGGUUAGCUUCUUACAAAGACGUGUCGAAGUACCGUAGAACUGCCAUUGUGCCUAGCAUGUUUCCUUCUGGUCAAAGCUUUGAUGCUGAAACAGUGGUUCCUUCAGGGUUAGAUGAAAGCGUGGGUCCUCCUGGCAAUGACGAUGAGAUGGAGAAUGUGACCAAUGUGGCGGAGAAACGUGAAAGUGGCUGUAAUGUAGAUUCUGAUCAUGUCAAUGGGAAGUCUGAGAACCUUGUGAGUCCAACUGAUGCUUUGGAGAUGGAGGUUUCAGAUCUCCCUCUAGAACGUUGCAUGAGGAUAGUGCCCCAUGAUCAGAACACUGGAGCUUUUUUCAUUGCCAUUCUUCAGAAAGUAUCCCCUCUUCCUGCGGUUUCAAGUUCCACCAAGCCGAAGGAAAGUUCAACUAACGGGAAUCACAAGUUACCCAUGAAGCUAUCAGAUGAGAUACUUGGAGAAACUAAUAGCUCAGAGGUACCAUUAGACGAAGCAAAUCAACUGCCACCCAUUUUAUCUAAUGUGGCUUCUGGUGCUGAAUCAUCAGACCAAAAAACAGAGCUUGGUGCUUCAGGACUUGAUUCUCACGAGGUAGUCGAAGAAGAAAAUGAGAAAGAAUACACAGAGAAUGUGAAUGGAGAGAUUGACACUAAGAAAGCUGGAGGUAACCGGAGGUUGCAAAAUCAAGGCAAGUGGAGAGGCGUUGAUCCAGUUGUUUUCUUCCGGGAGGACACAGUUCUUAGUAGUAUUAAGGAUUUUUAUGGAAUCAGUGAUUCCUUCCCAUUGAAUGAUCAUCUUGUGACACGAAAUACUGAUUUCGAGAGUUGUAAGAGAAUUUACUACAUCUCAAAGUCAGUUCAGGAUGUUAUGAAGCUGAAUUGUCAAGUCGGGCAACAACUGAAGAUAAUAUCUAUUGGUCUAAAGGCCUUUGAGCGACAAACAGUAAAAGAAGAUAGUGCUUCGGAAUGCAUGUACCGUAUAUCAUCUGAAGGAUUGCCAUUACUUCUUCCUUACAUUAGCAAGCAAAUCCUAUGUGCAUCCUUGGCGGACUUCAAGCACCUCUUGCAGUAUAGGUCUAUCAAAUUUCAAGAUUUUGUCAAUCCUCAAUUUGGUGAGAAGGCAUCAUCAGAGAUCAAGUUAGGGUGUUGUAUUGUUGUACUGCAAACAGAAGAUCAACCUACUUUAAAACCUAUGGAUGCCUCGACAAUAGCUAUUGGAUGUUGGAGAGGGAAGUCCAGUGUAAGUGUAAUGGUUCCAGAAACAGACUGCCAAGAACUUCUUGAGAGGCUUUCUGCACGUUUGGGGUUCGAGAUGGUUCCGGUGAAGGAAAAACCAACAGUUAGAAGAGGCAAGAAAGAUGACGCUGAAGAGAAGCUUGAGAAAGAACCAGUAGAAGAAGAAGCUUUAGUUGGUUGAGUUAUUGAACGUUUUUCAUGUUUUCUAUUUACUCACCGGUUCGAUUCAGCUGUAUUUGCAAUUUUAUGAUUCAGGGUUCAUAUGGUUCAUCAAAUAACUUGCUUCAUCUUGUUUUCAAGAAUAGAAAGUUAGAAACUAGUCUUGAUUUUCGUCAGGAUCUAGACCAAGAUUACUACUGCUAUCUAUGAAACUUAUAGCACCAAGAUUUCUUGCAUUUCAUUCAA